AUGUCUUCGCAAUUGAUCGUCUCUAGCAUCGUUGACUUCGUGAUCUACCACCUCACCUUGUACGUCACUUGCGUCAUCAAUGAAGUCAUUUGGGGAAUCUGGGAUCAACAUAUCUUUGCAAAUGAUCUCAAGAACAGCAGUUGCAACGAUGACAAGGACACAUCGCUCUGGAAUAAAUAUCAUGCAUCUUCACGACUUAUCAUCCGUAUGUACGAAGAACUGUUUGAGUUUAUGCUAGCGAUCCACAAGCUCCACCAGACUGCUGACAAUCCUGGCGAGUCAUCUGCUUCUGAUGACGCCAGGGCUGCAGGUCACGACAGCAGGGACGAGGGCGAAGACGACAAGUGGACGGAUCUGCCUGACGUCAUCCUAGAGAACAUCUUCACGAGGCUGUCCUACAAAGACCGGCACCACGCCUCGCAGGUCUGCUCGAGAUGGAACGCGGCAUUCUAUGCGCCAAAAGUCUGGGAGACCUUCACCUUGUAUAGCGGCACGCUGACCAGACAGGUCUUCAAAACGGGCGACGUCAACCAAAAGGAACUGAGCGCCAGGAAAGCACAGCUGUGUCUGGGACGAGUCGGAUACCUGAUCAAGAACAUGACCAUCACCGCAAUCGAUAACUUUUUUGACGUGUAUGAGUUUAUCCGGAUACUUAUCCAGUUCAUUCUGCACUACGACGAAUUCCCGUUGCCCUUGCUCCACACGUUCGACUUCACGUUUGCCUGUGAGUUCAGGGGUCUCUCCGGGGUGAUUAUUCAUGGUACUGGAGGUAAGAUACUGGAAAUUCUUAAGACGCUGCUCCGCAAUCUUCAAAACUUGAAGCAUCUCAAACUGAGGCAGCUGCUUCUGGAUACGGAAGAGGUAUCGGGUCUGUUUGACGCUGUUGCCAAUAAUCUGGAAUAUACUCUGGAAUCUAUGGAAAUCCUUAACUGUACGAAAAUUCCUUUUCCGGUCUUUGAGCUGUGUCGAUUUUCGAGUCUCUCGCAACUGACUAUAACCACACAGCAUCUGAAUGAUGACAUCGUCCUGGAGCUUGGACUGAACGGUUUGUCGAGACUGGUCAUCGUGCAGGACAGGUACACGGCUGUAGCGCAGCCCGUGUCCAGGGAAUGUUGGGGUCAUCUUAAGGAGGUGGCGCCACUGUUGAAAGUCACGCUGGAGCUUCGAGGUCCUGCGAAACACGACCUCCUCAUUCAGCCACGAGCUCCCGUCGAUACCAUCAUCGUCUCCUCGCCAUAUUCCAAGAUGUCUCCCGCUGUUGCAGAUUCCAUAGUUACCAACUAUCAAGACACCCUGGAAGCUGUGCUUCAGAAAAGCUUACCUAGAAUUCAUGGCUCGAGGUCAUUUCAUGACAGAAAUGAUGUGUGUUUUCUGGACUUCGUUCGAAGAUGUUCCAAGUUGCAUACCCUUGCGAUAAGGGAGAGAAUUUCAACAGCAACAGUCUUGCUUUUGGCAAAGGGAGGUAAAUCUCUGAAGAGUUUGAUGCUUAGGGAGAAUGCGUUGCUGAAGAAAUGCGAUUGGCCGAAGUCGCCUGAAUGGUCCGAUCAGUUUUACCAGUGGCUGAAGAAGUCGAGCACGUCUUUCGAACUGACCAACAGGGAGGUUUCAAACAUUUUUGGAUAUGAGUGGAAACCUUUGAAAGAUAGGGAAUUCAAACAGAAUUAUUGGUGGCAUGAUGUUAACUGAAAUUUUACGACCAAUUACCCUGGUUGUAUUCGGAAUUGUGGGCGAUUUUUGAUCUGGACUCAUUAUACCAAACUGUUGAACUCUGCUUGUCUUUCUUGCUUUUAUUUUCUCAUAUGCUGACCAGGUUAUGCCAAAAUGCUGUUCUGUAAUAUGUUGUUCCUGGUUUUACCUGAUUUAUACGGUUUACAUAUUAAUCUGUUCGCGAAUGUAUUGCAAACAAAGCGUGCAUGGACGCGGUAUGCGCUUAUGUUAGACAUUAGGCUUUGAUUUUAUUGUAUAUUUUCGUGCUUAUGUCCAAGAAACGUUGGUGGACCCGUCGUUUUGUUUCCUCAUCUAAAUCAGUACCCGCAAGUGAUAUAUCGAAAGCCGUGGUAUGUGAUGUUCUGUUUUGGUUCUGUUCGAUAGGAGUAGCCUAUGUGACGUAGUUUUUUCUCUAACUAUCUAGACCAAGUGUCUAAAUAAGCACACCGAAGACACCAUAAACACGUUAAUCAAACCUAUUUUUUCUUUUCUUGUCAUGACAAGUGUUUUCCCGAGAACGUUUACCCAAAUACCGGCUUCAACUAGAAUUAGUUAACUGCUAAAUUAUAUGGUAUUAAACCAUAUGUCCGUGGUAUGUCCGUGCGCAUAUUAGAGCUCUUUCUGCUAAUUGAUAAGAUUAGUUCGUGUGUCUAGCAUUGAUCACUAGCCUAUUUUUUGGACAGACGGCUCGGGCACAGGGUCUAGCUCAGUCGGUAGAACACACAGCGGGUUGUGGGAUCGAGUAGACCCAUUCUCUGAUUGUGUUCCCCAUCGCAACCAGUGACCCAUAACUGGUAUAUUAAAGACCGUGGUAUGUGUUCUGUAUGUUUGAAAGUGCAUCCAGUGACUCAUAACUGGUAUAUCAAAGACCGUGGUAUGUGUUCUGUAUGUUUGAAAGUGCAUCCAGUGACCCAUAGCUGGUAUAUCAAAGACCGUGGUAUGUGUUCUGCAUGUUUGAAAGUGCAUCCUGUGCUGCUAAUGUUUCCUCUUUGACUAUAUGUUAAAAACAACCUAAGGUUUGACGUCCAAUAGCUGGUGAUGAUUAAUUAAUUAAUGUCUUCUAGAUAGUCUAAAAAAAAGUAUUGAACAAAAAUAAUACAAAGUACAUAAAUGUCUUUUCAAAUCUUUGGUGAUUCAGGGUCGUCGGAAGCAAUUAAAAGUCGGUAUGGCCAUUAAAGCAAUGUAUAUGAUGAGAUCUAUACUAUGCGAGCGCCAUAGGAAGAGCCAAAAAACGUUCCUGGCCAAAAAAGUGGUACGUCUGUAGUAUUUAAAUUCAAACCUACUGGUUUGAAAUUACCUGUUAGUUUUAGGACUGACUGACAACUGUACAAGUGAUAAUGUGUCACUUGUUUAACAGCACAACGAGGCUGUGCACCUAUAUACGUGUUACUAGCUAACAAUGUUGGUGGUCAACCUGUGGUGAUUGUUUUGCAUGGUAGUUGUGAAGAGAAAGUACUCCCUAAACUAGCAGUCACGUAGCCCUCUCCAUAUUUUUGUAUAAUUCCAUUUUAUAGUUACUAUUUUGUAAUAGGCGUCUGGAUUGGUUAAAAUGCUAUCACGUGAUCUAAAAACAAAAACACCCAAAAAACUCUCAUUCUUCCAUGAA